AUGCUUUAUAAAAAUCAGGAUGCUCCAGUGUUGAGCUUAUUUUCAUUAAAAGGAAAAGUCUCCUUGAUUACGGGAGGAUCCAGAGGAAUUGGUCUUGCCGCUGCCAUCGGUCUUGCCGAAGCCGGUAGUGAUGUGGCCAUCACUUAUAACUCCAGUUCCCCUUCCUAUGUUAAGGAACUCGAAUCCCAAUUCAAAAAUUUAGGUGUCAUGUUCAAAACUUAUAGGUGCAAUGUUGCAAUCAAAGCCGAUAACGACAAGUGUGUUGCACAAGUGUUGAACGACUUUGGAAGAUUGGACGUGGUUGUUCCAAAUGCUGGAAUCUGUAUUCACGUUCCUGCUGAAGAAAACACGGAGGAGCAAUAUCGAGAAGUAAUGGGUGUUAAUUUAGAUGGUGCAUACUUCACUGCUCAAGCGGCUGCAAAUGCGUUCAAAAAACAAAAAGAGCAGGGAAUCCUUGAGCAAGGAAGAAUUGUAUUUACUGCUUCUGUAUCUUCUGGAGUAGUUAAUUAUCCCCAGAAGCAAGCUGUUUACAAUGCUUCCAAAGCCGGCUUAGUUCGAUUAGCCAAGUGCUUGGCUGUUGAAUGGGUGGACUUUGCUCGGGUCAACUGCGUAUCUCCAGGAUUCAUUGACACAGAAAUGUUAGAUGUUCACCCAAAGGAGUGGAGAAAAACUUGGUUUAAUAUGAUUCCAGCCAAGAGGUUGUGUGCGCCUUACGAGUUGAAAGGAGUUUAUGUGUUUAUUGCCAGUGACGCAUCCUCUUAUAUGACAGGCGAGGAAGUCUUCGUAGGUGGUGGAUACACUUUGAUUUAA